UGAGAAUCCGGGUCGCAUAAAUGGCGUCAGCAAGUGCGGACAGCGAUCUGGACCUAGAUCAGUCAUUGCUGAGUUUUGAGAGACUUGACAGAGCUUCUCCUGACCUCUGGCCAGAGCAAAUACCUGGGGUCUUGGAAUUUGCUGCUGUUAAAAGUCCUGGAUCUGGUUCCAAUACUCCAGCAAAAUGGAUGGCAGACUUAGAAAAGGAUGAUAUAGACAUGUUGCAAGAGUUUGGCAGCCUGACCACAUCUCAGUUGAUGGACAAAGUGCGUGGACUACAGAAUCUUGCCUACCAGUUAGGAUUGGAUGAAGCUCGAGAAAUGACAAGGGGGAAGUUUUUGAACAUACUGGAGAAACCAGAUAAAAGAUGACAUAAACUAGACUACCAGUGACAUUUGGAAUAGUAACAGACAAUUUUACAAUGUGCAUUUGCCAGACAAUAGACCAAGUACAGUUACAAUCAUGGAUAUUGUAUAUCCCAGUUAUUUUAAUCCAGGUUUUUUUUUUCAAGAGUGGAAGCAACAGGAAUGUUGUGAAGAGAUUGUGUCAAGUGUUUUAUUUGACAAUUUUGGUAUUCAGUGAAGAAACAGCUAGAGCAUGAUGUCCCAGCAUUAUUAGGCAUUAAUAAUUAUAUGUAUAACAUGCAAAUGGUGUCAUGUGUAAUAAAUUUUAUAGAUGAAAUUUUAG